CUGAUUGGUCGACGGGGGAGGGACCGCCUCUACUGUUACAUUAAAUGAGUCCACGUGCUGCACGACGCAGGAGUUGGAGCCUCGCGGUGAACACGUGCGGGGGAAAAAAAGAGAAGGCGGAUAUAAAAGAAGGGGGCAGAGUCCCGACAUGACAGACUGAGAGAAGAGAAGAAGCAGCAGAAAGAGAAGACAGACGUGAAACCCUCGUGUCUCCUGAAAGGCUCAAACAGCACGCGGAGGACACAGAGCCUCACCUCCAGCGCGAAUCAUUGAAAUGGACCUUCAUGACAAAGAAAUUCUCCCUGGAGACAUCUUGCCUGUGGUGAUCAUUGGUAAUGGCCCCUCAGGCAUCUGCCUGUCCUACCUGUUAUCAGGUUACACCCCUUACCUGUCACCUGAGGCAUCACACCCAAAUCCCCUGCUGCACAGCAAGCUGGCAGAGCAGCCUCACCUGUCGCUGCUGGAGCAGGACUUGGAGUACCUGUGCGAGGGGCUGGAAGGGCGGUCGUCCAACCCCGUAGCGGUGCUCUUUGAUUCAUUGUUGCUGCCAGACAGCGACUUCGGAUUCGACCACACCUCUCCGCUGGAAUGGCGAUACGAGCCAGAGCGUGCCAUUCCCCACCUGGUGCUGGGGAAGGGUCCACCUGGAGGAGCCUGGCAUGCAAUGGAGGGCUCCAUGCUGACGCUGAGCCUGGCUAACUGGAUGGAGCUUCCCGGGCUGAAGCUGAAGGACUGGAUGAGAGACAAACGCAGAAAUGUGCGAAAUGACCGUGCCACACCAGCAGAGAUCGCCUCCUACUACCAGCACUACGUUUCCCAGAUGUCCCUGGAGCAGAACUUUGCCUGUGGGACUUUAGUCACCUCUGUGACCAGGCAGCCUAGCAGCCAGGAGGGGUCGCCGCCCUGCUGGAGAGUGACAGGACUGCAGCGGAGAGAGGGGGAAGCGCUUGGAGAUGGUUCCACGCUUUCAGAGGAGGUGCCUUUCUCCGUGUUAGCACGCAAUGUGGUGUUGGCGACGGGCACGCAUGACAUCCCGGCCAGACUCGGUGUACAGGGCGAGUCCCUGCCCUUCGUGUGCCACUCAUUCUGGGAUCUAGAGGCAGCCAUCUCUCGCGGUGAGCUCGACCAGUCGUCAGACCCCGUUCUGGUGGUGGGGGCAGGGCUUACGGCAGCCGACGCAGUACUUGCCACCCACCAUCUCAACACCCCUGUCUACCACGCCUUCAGACGCUCAGUCACCGACCCAGAGCUCAUCUUCAACCAGCUGCCUAAACUGCUCUACCCAGAGUACCACAAGGUUCACCAGAUGAUGACUCAACAGCAGCAUCAACACAAUAAUUCACAACAGGACCAUACGCAGAAUCUUCAUCGUUCCACCCCUUCUUCUUCCUCCUCCCUCCCCCGGUACCCGGGUUACCUGAGCUUCCCGCACCACAGGGUUGUCGAGUUCAGACCUGACCGAAAGUGCGUUCUAGAGUCAGACGCUGGCCAGCGGACGGUGGUUCAGGUCUCUAAGGCUCUGGUUCUGAUUGGCGCCCACCCCAACCUUUCCUUUCUAGACAAUAACGGGCGCUCGCUUGGCAUGAACCCUGAGGAGCCCAUCUCAUGCCGGAGGAACCCAAUUGAGGUGGACCCGUUUACAAACAGGGUGAUUGCUGCGAACGGGCCGGGCAUGUACGCCAUGGGGCCGCUAGUGGGCGAGAACUUUGUCAGGUUCCUAAAAGGAGGAGCGCUGGCUAUCGCGAGUGACCUCGCCAAGAGACAGAAGGAAGAGGCAGAAAGAGGAGAAGGCGAGAUAAGCAUAGACAGACUAAUGGACAAAUGUGUGGACAGACAGGUGACCACUCGAGCAGAACCAGAGGUUUACCUUGUGGAUGUGUAACAGAUUUCCUGGGAUUUUUUUUUAUUUUAUUUUUUUUUUCAACUGAAGAAAACCAACCAAAUCCCCACAAAUCUGUGAUGUUACUGAGAGGGAUCCACACUCAAAUGCCAUAGGUCAGGUCAUUGUCGCCCAUUAGUUGCCCAUGAAAAGGGGAAUAAGUGAGCUCUGACUGCACUUGCACUGGUUUGGAGACAUCUGAUUUUCUUAGGUAAAGAAAAGCCUCCAGAUGUGAGGCAGUUAGAACAGCUGCGCUGUUUCCACCAGAGUCAGAUGGCAUUUGUAAGUAGGUGAGAUGGAGAGAUGAGGCAAAGGAUGCAGUGGAGGACAGACAAGGGGUCUGUUUGUGUUGUCCCCAUCAAAUCGUAUAGGUAGAUAUCACUACGUCAACAUAAAUUUUAUUUAUAAAUUGCAAACCUUUUUACAUUUAGUUAAAAAAGAGGAACCAGUAAAAUGUUUUCUGAGCACCACCUAGUGGUCAAAUCAUACAAAUGUUCUCCACUAGCUCCUUUAAAUUAGGCCCAUUCUAUUAAUUUCAUCUCCAUAUUCAUUAUUGGAUUUAUUUGCAUAUGCUCUUAUUACAUGAAACGCCCGUUUCAGGACACCUGCCGGCCGGAUACCAGGAGCAUAAUUCCAUAUUGAAGUUUACACCCUACCUUGAUUAUUUUGUUUUAGUAAUUGUAAUUCAGUAUAACCACUAACGCAUAACCAGUCAUUACCUUUCCAUGUCUACGAGGACAGACACAAACUGAAAUGAAGAAGCAGAAAGACGGACCUGAGCGAGGCAGAGAGUUCAGUAAAGAGUGACUGAGGACAAACUUGAGUGACGUGAUCCUGACAGCUCGAGUUUCGCAACACUCUGAGAGCCUUAUUCACUACAGUAACCACCUGAUUAAACUUUAAUCAGCCAGCAGCACCAUAUGUGACCAAACCGACAUGUCGUCUCAUCCUCAGCCUUUUCUACAAUGAGGAUAAUGAACAUGUUUCUAUAGCUAAUAAUUUAUUCUGUUAUUGCCACAGUCCUAUUUAAUUUUGUAACACUAACAAAAUUGUUUGUAUAUUGAGUUUUGCUGUUUUCUGAACCCGCCAAUCUCUUGUUUUUCUAUGUAAAGCUGUAACUGUACCCAUCUGUGUAUCUUUUUACAUCCUAAAGUAUAAAAAUAUUUUCUACUUUAUACAAAAACAGAACAACUCAGAAUAUUUUUGUAAUUGCUGUCGGUGAUGACAUUUAAUCUGAAGCUUUCACAACAUCAGAUUUUGGCUUCAAUGUGAAUGAGAACUGUUUUAAGCCCUAUUUGCAUUGGAGUAGUACAACAGUGAAUGCCAUUUACACAUUACUCUACCAACAUGUGGAUUUCUUCAGUGCACUUUUAAAAUGUUUUCACCACAAAUGUAAAAGUCUGAUUUGCUUAAUCAGGAUGCAACAGCUUUCCUGUACAUUUUUGUUAAUACAUUUUCUACAGACAUUUUUUUUUAUUUUCAGUAUUACUUCCACUGCAAAUAAGGUUUAAUGUAAUGAUAUUGUAGUUUAUGUACAUAUAGAUGGCCAGUAAUUACCAUGUCUUCCUCACAUUGACUGUUCAAAAGAAAUUGUCCAUGCGUCAAAAAGCUAAUUAUAUGCAGUAAAGAUUUAUUUUUUUUAUACUAA